CCGCAUCUCACUCUCUUUCGAUUAGAAAGAACCCUAAUCUAUCACCCUCCCUCGAAUCUCACUCUCUUUCGAUUCCACCGAAACCAUAGAACCCUAAUCUCUCACCCUCCCUCGAAUCUCACUCUCUUUCGAUUCCACCGAAACCAUAGAACCCUAAUCUCUCACCCUCUCUCGAAUCUCACUAUGUCCAAUUCCUAAUCGCUGAAUUCCAGAAACGCCUCAUCUCUCUUUUGAGACCUAAAGAACCCUAAUCUCUCAUCUCUCUUUGAAACGAUGUCAUCAAAAAAGAAGCAGAAAGUUUCAAAAAAAUCUCCCCUUCCCUCGCAGUACCAUUUCGUUCCUAAGACGACAGCUCCUCCUGUCCCCAACCGCCGAUCUCCACCAGGCGUGAGUGACUACCCACCUCCGAGGCAGCUCUUCCAAGACUCAGAGGCCCAAACUCAAGCUGCUUCAGGGCCUCUUCAUCAACCAUCUCCACCGCCUCUUCAUCAACCAUCUCCACCGUCACAAUCUCGACGGUCCGAAACGUCAGCGACACGACGUUCGCCCAGCAGGUCUCAGUCUCAAGACUCUGCGAGUACAGAAAGUCCAGAAGCUGUGGAACCGACGCUCUCUGAUGAGCAGACUCGUUUACUCAACCAACUGCUAUCCCAGCCAAACUGGGGCACUGACAUACCAAUCCUUUCUCCAGCCUUUGAGCCUGGAACAACAUGGUUUGGUCGUGACAAAGGGAAACUGACCCGGAAGAUCACAAAGACUUUUACAAAAAAGUUUGAUGAAGCUUAUUACAGUUGGAGUGUUGUGCCUCAGAACAAAAGAGAGACGAUAUUUGUAGAAUUUGCAAAAACUCACACUUGGGAUCAAAUACACACUGGUAUUGUUCAGGAGAAGUUUGAGGCGGUAUGUCAGCGACGUAUGAAGAACAUGGUUAGCGUUCGUAGGAGGUCACGAGUGCGACCACCCUGGAUCCACGGUGAACUGUGGGAACAAAUGACUGCGUAUUGGGACACUCCCGAAGCGGAAAAAAAGAGUCAGACAGCAUCGGACUCUCGGUUGUCUGACCGGAACGGACUUGGUCCACACAAGCACAACUCCGGCCAGAAGUCUUUCGAACAAAUCGAACAUGAAAUGGUUGAGAAAUUGGGCAGACCAGUUACUCUUGGUGAAGUUUUCAUGGAGACACAUACAAGAAAGGAUGGGACCUUUGUCGAUUUGAAAGCAGAGAAGGUUGCAGAGAUGUAUAAGAAGAACAAAGAAGCCAAGUUGACUGCCCUUGAGGCUGAAAACUCACAGACUUCAGACAGUGCUUCCAAUGAUCCACAGCUCUCCAUAGAGGAGGAUAAUAAGAUAUUCCUUUUGUCAACUUUCACAAAUGAAAGAGGACAGCACUAUGGCAUUGGAAGCCUCCAGCAAACUCUCGUCAAUGGGAAACGGACGUUCAGUGAAUUAUCUUCAUCUGCAUUCCUCGACAUGAAUAAGCUUCUUGAAGAUGCUCACCACAAAAUAGAAGAGCAGGCUGCUUCUAAUGCAGCAAAUGCUGCUGUUAUUGAAGAGCAAGGUGCUUGUAUUGCAGAGCAAUCAAAGCAGAUCAAGGAGUUCUCUAUAGUGGGGAAGUUUCUAGCUGCAACUAAUCCAUUAUAUAAUGAGUUUGUAGCUGCUAAUUCCAGCACCUGAUCAUGCUUUCCUGUUUAUUUACCUAGAAACUUAUGACUUUUGUAAGUUCUUUUGUUUAGUUGCUUGUUUCAAACUUUUGGAGCUUUAACAUUUUCAGUUUCAAUAUUAACCACUGCUUUUUAAUUUUACAAUGCUCGAUAGCAUAGAUUUAUUAGCAUUACAAACCAGAAAGCACCUAAAAUCGGAAUGGCAAAUUCAAAGAAACAAAAUGAAGAGUCGUAAUUCAGUUGGAUAAAAUUACAA